GGGGUUUUUCGAUGCCUUCCCGAUGUUCACUGAGCCGGUUUUUGAACGCCUUCUUUGAUGGAUUCCAUCCGCAUUUCCCGCUCCUACAUCCGAUCACCUUUCAGAUGCAGAACUGCGACCCCGAAAGCUCUUAUUGGCGUUGGCUGCAAUGGGCGCUCAAUAUCGCUACGAGCGUCGCAAAGCGCUCAUGUUGUUCGAGGCUGCCUUAGCCAUGUUGCAUGAGCGGCAAUACCAGGAAGAGGCGGAAACAUUAGCCAACUCCGUCGACUCUUCCAGCUCCC